UCGUCUGCUCACGAACAGAAACACGACCACAUAAGUUCUGUUCUUGUUCUUGUCUCUCUGGCUCCUGUUCAGUUCAGAAUUCAUUUUAAAAUUCUGAUGUUUGUUUUUAAUACACUCAAUGUUCUCGCACCUUCAUAUUUGUGUGAGAUUUUGAGCCCUCACCACCAAGCAGAGCUCAACACCUGCUGGACGUCCCCCUUUCUGCUUUAUUUCCACACUCGUUCACACUGUAGGUUGUGUGAACAGGAGCUGAUGUUUCUUCUCUGGAUUAGAACAUGACACAACCCGUUUAUCCAGAACUUUCUACUGUUGUUCUCCUCCUCCUCAUCAUCAUCUCCUUUUUCUCUUUUUUCUCUCUCCUCCUCCUCCUCCUCUUCUUCUCUCUCUCUCUGUGACGCAGCAGAGGUUGGAUAUAAGUCUCUCUCUGCCCCCAUCUGUGCUCUCACUCUGAUUUACUGUACGACUACUGUUACUACUACUACUACUACUACAAAACUACUACAAAACUACUACAAAACUACUACAAAUCCUGCUCCUGUUCCUGGUCCCGCUCCCGGUCCUGGUCUUGGUCCUGCUCCCGCUCCUGCAUCGUGUCCCUCCUGCUGCUGCUCUGAGCUUCGGCGCGAUGCCUUUGAGCCGCUGGUCCCUCUUCACGUGCACGCUCCUGGCUCUGCUCGUGCACGUGGGUCUCGGUCUGGACUCCGACCUGGACCUGGAUCCUGAACCGGAGUCCGGACUCUGGCCCCGGGCCCUGAAGGGACUCUCCAAGAACCCCAAGCUGACGGCCCAGAGGCAGCUGUUGGGGGAGCUGCAGGAGGUUCUGGAGAAGCUUCAGGCCAAACGUUUACCGCACUGGGAGAAGAAAUAUGGACAAGUGCCCACGUGUGACCUGGGCGAGUCGUGUGCGGUGAGGAAAGGCGCUCGUAUCGGGAAACUGUGUGACUGUCCACAGGGGGCGCUCUGCAACUUCAUCCUGCUCAAGUGUCUGUAACCACGGCAACCGCGGACCUCACAACUGUAACCACGAAAACGGGACAACAACAUCACUACAGCAGCACAACAGUCACAUGGAUGAUUACAGAACCAGGUUCAGACCAGGUUCAGACCAGGUUCAGACCAGGUUCAGACCAGGUUCAGACCAGGUUUAGUCCAGGUUUAAACUCCAUGUAGGACUGAGUGAAACACUGAAACUGCAGCAGCCGUCACUCCAAACCUGAGUGUUUGUGUGCGUGUGUGUUUGUGUGUGUGUGUGUUUGUGUGUCUGUGUGCGUGUGUGUUUGUGUGCGUGUGUGUGUGUUUGUGUCUGUGUGCGUGUGUGUGCGUGUGUGUGUGUGCGUAAUGUGACCAAACGUUGGGUCUUAAUCCGUUUUCCUGAAUCUGUCCCUAAAU